AUCGAUUGACUAGUUUCUAUCCCCCAUCGUUGUAGUGUCCCUGAAAAUGACAACCGAUACGAGCGAAAGAUUUGAGAAGAAAAUUGUAAAUAAUAAUGGUAAAAAAUUAUACUGUCGUUACUGGAACGAAGAACAACAAGCAGACAAUAGUUCAACUAGGGGACUUGUAUUCAUUUGUCAUGGAGCAGCAGAACAUUGCCUAUAUUACACAGAACUUGCCAUGUACUUGAUAGAAAAUGGAUUCUAUGUUUUUGCACAUGAUCAUGUUGGUCAUGGACAGAGUGAAGGAGAUAGAGUUCAUGUAGAGACUUUUGACACAUAUGUAAAUGAUGUAUUCCAGCAUGUGGAUGAAGUGAAGAAAAACUUUCCUGACAAUACUCCUAUCUUUAUUAUUGGUCAUUCUAUGGGAGGGACCAUUUCUGUUUUAUGUGGACUAGAGAGACCAGAUUACUUUAAUGGUGUAAUAUUAAUUGGCCCAGCACUCAUUCCAAGUCCUGAUGCAGCAUCUCCAGUUAAGAUUUUCUUAGGCAAAAUAGCAGCUAAAGUCCUUCCACAACUUUGUGUCAUAAAGCUUGAUUCAAAAGACUUGUCAAGAGAUUCUGCUGUGGUUAAAAAAUAUGAUGAUGAUCCAUUGGUCUGGCAUCAUGGUCUGAAGGCAAGAUGGGGAGUCAGCUUCUUAAAAGCUAUGGACACAAUUAAGGAAAAACAAUCUACGAUCGAGGGGCCCUUCCUUACACUUCAUGGUGAUGAGGACAAACUUUGUGACGUAGAAGGUUCCAAAAAGUUUUAUGCACUUGCUAAAAGUACAGAUAAAGAAAUUAAGGUAUACAAAGGACAUUAUCAUCAGCUGCACAACGAAUUAGAAGAAGACAAAAAAGUGGUAUUGGAAGACAUAAAGAACUGGUUGAUAAAAAGAUCGUAAUUUAUUUGAAUGAAAUAUAAUUACCAUUUCAAAUUUUUGGUCUGAAUAUGAAAUGAAAUAGAGUAACUAGCAUAAAUUAUGUAAAAACAUAGGAAUAUGAUAUAAUGCUAGAAUUUAAAACAUUAUUUAACAGAGGAAUAUUUGUAAAUAUUUAAGUUUACAUUUUUUUAUUAAUUUAUAUUAUCUAAUCUUCACAUUCCAUCAUAUGUUUUUUGAUGAUUUUAAUUUGAACUUUUUUUGUAACGGGUCCAAAUUAUACAAUUAUAUUUUAUUUGUAUUUAUUACAAGAGAGAAAUAUAUCACAAACAUUUAUGCAUAUAAAUUGAAUAUGGGUCUGUUUUUAUUAAUUUAUUUUUGUAUAUUAUUUCUCACAAACGACUGUUUUAUUACGCCUGACAUAGAUGGGACGUAUUAUGGUAUAUUGAUGCCCGUCCCUAUGUUUCUCUGUAUGUCUUUUCUUCCACAUAUAUAAAAAAUCUAAUGAAGGCUUUGAUCAAGUUUCAUGAAACUUGUAUGGAAUAUUUUAAUUGUUGAAGAUAGCUCCCUUUAUAUUCAUUUUUUUUUUUUUGCUUCAUAGUUCUAGGGUUAUGGGACUUCAUCUGUCAGAAUUAAGUAAAUUUUUCACAUAUCACACACCAAUUCUGAGUAUGAGGAUGCUCAGAUUUUAUUUGUUUGUCUUUCCAGAGGUAUGGAAUUUUAACAGCCAGAUUAAAGGCAAUGUUACGCAAUAGCUUAAGUGUGCUUGGAUAAAUUUUCUUUAAACUUUACACCAUGGUUGGGAUUGGUGCUCCCAUUAAAUUUAAAAAAAUGUGUAUAUACUUUUCCUGAGUUAUGAAACUUUGACCAUCAAUAUUGAAGGCUAUUUAAAAAACCUAAGGGCAUAGCAUCUAGUUUUUAUAUUCCAUUAAAUCAGAUAUACUUUGAAGAAUUUCUUUUCAUUAUCAUUGAGUGUCAAAGAGUAGCACUCAGGGGCGAAAUAGUGGUGGUAGAGGGGGCAAGGGGGCAGUUGCCUUCCCUCUUUUUGGCAAGGAAAAAAAUGUUGAAAAUUUUGUUUGUGUGUUAGUUUCAGAAGUUUACACCCUUUUCAGUCUACUCCUACACCACCUCCACUAUAUUUACUGUAAUACCUUCCUACAAAAAUGUAGUUUUUGUACAUUAUUAAUAAUUGAUAUAGAAAAACAUUAGCAUACGCCUCCCAUGUUUUGUUUAUAUAGUGAUUUUAAUAAAUUGUAAACAAGAUGACUGUAUUAUAUAUAAACAUGAAAGUUACAUUAUCAAUCAUGUUUAAAAUUUAUGACACUAUUUUUUUAGUUAAUAUUUUUGUUGUUAAUAAUUAUUAAUUAGAUAUAGCUCUUUAGUAUAUUUGUUUUUCAAAACUUGUUUAUUAAUUAAUAGCUAGAAAUUACUAAAUAACAUAAUUACAUAAUCUUGUAGUUUUGUAUUUAAUAUUUUUUACUAGGGGAAAAACUUGUCUUUUGUUUAAAGAAAGAAAAACACUUAGAAAUAAGAAAUGAUUUUAAAGAUGAAGUUAAAGUAAUACAAGUUUCGUACAAAGUUGUAAUUUUUCCAAGCUUCUUGAUUGAUUAGACAUAUCCUCAAGUAUGCAUGAAUAUUUUGGAAAAACUUUGCUCAUUCUUGUUGUAAUAGUACACAUUUUUUAUCUUGUGUAUAUGUAUCAUGCAAAAUUUUUGUAACAUAAUGCAUAUUUUGAACUUAAGGAUCUUUGCUUCUCUGUUUCAAAAUAACAAGCUUUUUCAAAGACUUUUAUAAAUUGAAAGUAUAUAAAUAAGGGAACUUAAAAAGCAGAAAAAAAUGUCUGAGUCCUUGUUUUGGGGAUAUAAACAAUUGAAAAUUUGGCGGGAAAUGAUUAUCUCUAGAUUUUUUGUACAUUUAACACUGGUACUGUUUUUCUUUCAAAAACUAUGAAAAAAUAAGGAUUUUAUAAGAUUUUCAAAAAUGGCUUUUUUUAACAAUGUGUAAUAAAAUUAUGAUAAGAAAAGUAGGGGUAAGCAGGCAAAAAUUUUAAUGGCACUACAUGGAUAAAACUAGAGGAUUCCGAAUAUCUGACAAAAAGUCAAAAACAAGAGUGUCGAACAUCCUUAAAUACUAUUUCUCUUAAAAACCACUCAAAUUUUACAUAUGACAUUUCUAAUUGUGAAUGGAUGCGGGUAUUUUUAUUGUUACUUUCAUGUUGAGCAGGUGUACAUAGUCUUCAACACUUACCCUAGGGUAGUGCUCCACUAUUAAUGGAGGAAAAUACAAGAAACUGAAUUAAACUGUAAAGCUUAAAUAAUGAACAAAAAGAGAUGUAGAAAUAUAUCAGUGAGACAGCAACAUAACAACACAAAAAAAAUCUCAUCAAAAGGUCAAAAAAGUCUUCCACAAAAAACAUGUUUAUAAACAGUGCUUGUCAAUAUGUCUUUUGUUGUUCAAAAAGUCAUUUUGACAUUCUAAUGUUUAGGUCUGUAGAGUGUAGUAGGUAAAACCUAAAUAGGCAAGAGAACAUCAUGAGGGCUUUAGCCCAAGGGGAAUAACCCUUAGCAGGGUUGACAAUUUUGGAUAUCUCCCAACUCUUAGGGUCGUAACUUUUUUAUUAUACCGUACAAAUAUUGGCACACAAUUUGGCCUCUCAUUCAGUGAAUAAUACAGUUAUUCAUGGGACGGUUCAAUUUGUUGAGGUUAUUCACAGGCCCUGCCGAGUUGGACAAAAACAUCCAAAUUAAUUCACACCACAUGAUCUUUUAUUAGCCAAUAGAUUUAUUCAAUUAUACUGUGAGGUAUAAUAAUAAACUAAAUUUUGAUCAAAUGUUUUAAGUUUUUUGCUUUAUGGUCUUGAAUUAAUUAUUGAUUAAGAAGUGCUAUAUUUUAAUUGGAUCAUGCCAUUCUUGUCAGAAAAGUGUAGAAUUAUAAUUUAUUUAUUCACUAAUAUGAAACUACUAAUCAAAAGUUUAUAUUUUUUAUAUUUUCUUUGUUUAUAUUAUUAUUAAUAUUUUAGAAAUUAAAUAUAGACUGAUGGAUUUUUUUCAUAUUUAAUAUUGUAUACUAGAUGUUUUGUAUCUUUUAGUUUUAUUGUUAAAAAUACAUUUGCCAAAAUCGUCUGACUUGUCUGGCCUACCAAUAUUUAAUCAAUACUGGGAAGUUGAACUUGGUGACCACUGGAAAUAGAAAGUUGAACUUGGGUGACUACUAAAGCUGGAAAGUUGAAACCUUUUGGCUGGACAUUCAGUCCUGCAAGUGUAGACAUUCAGAAUAAAAAUAAAAGAUAGAUCAUCAUACAUAGUGUUAAAUUUAUAAUUUCUUAUGGUCAGGCGGGGCCAUGGUUUGUGUCUUACAGACAGCAAAACAAUUUCAAGUUGUACUUCAGCAUCACUGUUUGUCAGUUCUAUAGUAUGUGGCAGAGCAGAGGGGGGGAAGUGGGGGACACAUCCAUAUCUAGUUAUUAUAUGUAAUACUAUAUCUGUAAUAUAAUGAAAUUGUAGUUUGAAAUAACCAUGAAGAGGUGUCUCCAUAACAAUGCAUUCCUUUAUAAUUGUGUUGUGAUUUAUAAAUAUUUUCUAUCAUCUAAAGAAAUAUAAUUAUUGUAAUAUUAAAUGAUUUUUUUUAACUGA